AUGAAAAAGAACACGGCCUUUAUCAAGCGUCUUCGAACCGCCAUCAACGCCCCCGCACAAGCCCAGUUCCUCCAAGAAAUCCGCGCCCUGUCUCUCCACAAAUACCUUUCCGAAAUCAUAUCGGCCUGCUACGAGGGCCUCUGCAAGCUCAAGACGCCCGGCGAAGUCGCUGCUGGUGUCGAGAUUGUCAGUGCUCUCCACCAGCGUUUUGGCCCCGCAGAGUUUACAGGAUACAUUGGCUGGUACAUUGGAAGAGGGCUUGCCACCCCAGACAAGUCACACUUGAAGACGCUGGCACAAGAUGUGCGCGAGCGAGAAGAGAAAGAGCGAUUGGCUCGCCAGCGCGUGCUGUUACGUGUUGCCACCGAGUUGUGGCUUGUGGGUGUUUUGCGCAGCCUGGAUGACGUAGCCCGACCCGAAGAAGCGAGCAAGAGCAAGGACAAUGGCAAACUUGUUGAAGGCUCGGCAAAGGCAAAGUCACGAGCAGACAGCACCGACGCUGAGCCCUUUCCAUUGGAAGUUUUGAAGGACAUGCUUGGACACGACCGUGAACACGUCAAUCUGCCUCUGGUCGUCAUCUUCGUCAAGGCAUUUUCUUGGGAUAUACUCGGCACCAAACCCCCUUCUGCAGAGGGCCGCAAGACUGUCAACGAUGAUGGAUCGACCGUAGGAGACAAGAAUGGCGACUUGUCUGGCGUCGAGGACGAAGACCAGGCCAGCAAAGACCCGCCCCUCAUUUCGUCGGAAUUGCAGCAGCGAUUCAAAAACAUUCUCACUCGUUAUUUCGAAGAUGUCAAAGCGCACCUCCUUCGCGAUCAGAAACACAUACUCAGUCAAGGCCGGAAGAAUGCUGAAGCAUACGUCAAGUCUGGAGAGGUCUUUGAAGAUCGCCAGUCCAACUACGAGAAGCAGAUGAAGUCGCAAGAAAAGCUCAUAGCCAACGCGCAAAUCUUGGCUGACGCAUUGAAUGCAGACAUGCCCGAUCUGAAGGAAAAGGACGGUUCUGCAAACACGGGGAAUAUUGAGUUCACGAAGCUCUCCUAG